AGUUUUGUUCUUGGCAUCUGUGCCUUCAUUCAUUCUUCAUAAGCCAGCCAUUUAGAGCAUCUCCAACAAUGUCUCAAACUAGUGUCUUAAAUUGAAAUAUAUGACUCUAAACAGGAAAAACUACCCCAAAAGUGUCUCAUUUUGUAAAAUUUUGUCAAAAAUAUAUAGAACACUCUCUCAAGUGCCUCAAUUAUACUACACCCUAGUGGGCUGCCUUAUAAUCUAGAAUUAAGAUUUUACUAGUUGGAGCAGAAUAUUUUGUUGGUGUCCUAAAUCAUAUAAAAUAUACUAAUUUUUAAAUUGUAGGGCAUUUUUAUAGAAUAUGCUGUUGGAGAUGCUCUUAGAUGCUGGAUUUAUCCUUUUUUUUUCUCUGUGGCUCGCUGCCUUUCUCAACAAUUAAUUCAUUUGGGCAUCACUGACGUCUGCCUCAAAUCAAAUGCCCAUCCUACCUGUUUGAGCAGCUGAUACUGUGAUACAGGGAUCACUUGUUGUGUCCCAUUUUUAGUCUAAAGUGGUCACCCUGUCGGUGGCUUGUUAAGCCUCAGGCAGCACACAGUGUUUUCUUGGAUUCCGGUGGGAUGCCCUACAGGCGGCUCUUAGCUGUGGUCAUGUUUGUUUGUUUUUUUAUGAGGAAAGCAUGGUUAGAUGCUUUAUCAACUUGAUCAGAGAACAGAGUCAAAUUGCGAGAAUACAUGAUUAAAGGAAGCAUGUGCCAUGUGCUCUUGUCUGUGAAGUUAUUGUUUGGAUUUGCUCUAGAUAUUUUGUGGACUUUGGACGGGCCAGAUUGUGAUCUGUUUUGGUGCUCUGGCACACCUUGAGAUAUAGGCCUAAAUGGCACCACGUAACAUGGUUCUGGCCUUUUGGGGCCCAAGAUCCUGAUAGAAUAGUAAUGCCAGUUGCCAGGGGUUAUGACCACUUGCUGUUUGUUUAACAAGCAGUAGGCCGAGAACCUUACUAAACUAGUUAAGUAUUGGGCACACUAUGAGCUUUCUGGGUCCAAAUCAUGACAUUAGAUGUGGAAUUAUGGUGGUCUGAAAACACUUGAGGGUCAAGCCAUAUUUGGACAUAGUGUCCACUACUCACUAGUUUUUAGACAUAGUUUCAUUUGCCAGGUUCUUGGCUAUCACUGCUCUGAGAAAAUGGUUGCAUCAGCCUUUACUGUUGAUUUGGACAAGCCUCUAGUAUUCCAGGUUGGCCAUCUAGAGGAGCAGUAUCAGGAGUGGGUUCACCAGCCGAUUGUUUGCAAGGAAGGGCCACGAUUUUUUGAAAAUGAUAUAUUGGAGUUCUUAACACGCACGAAAUGGUGGGCAGUUCCUCUUAUCUGGUUGCCUAUUGUAUGUUGGUGCCUGAGUACUUCUAUCAAGAUGGGCAAUACUAUCACAGAUGUAGCUAUGAUGAUUGGGUUUGGAAUAUUUCUGUGGACACUGAUCGAAUAUGUGUUACACCGAUUCUUGUUCCACAUAAAAACCAAAAGUUACUGGGGAAACACAGCACAUUAUCUUCUUCAUGGAUGUCAUCACAAGCAUCCGAUGGAUGGACUUCGACUUGUCUUUCCACCAGCUGCCGCAGCUAUUUUGUGCUUUCCGUUCUGGAACAUGAUCAAGCUAUUUUCGACCCCGUCUACAACUCCUGGUCUGUUUGGAGGCGGCCUGUUGGGCUACGUGAUCUAUGAUUGCACACACUACUACCUGCAUCAUGGCCAGCCAUCAUCAGAUCCUGCAAAGUAUCUCAAGAAGUACCAUCUCAACCAUCACUUCAGAAUUCAAACAAAGGGCUUUGGAAUAACUUCGACCCUGUGGGAUCACGUAUUUGGCACGCUGCCUUCUACGAAAACUGUCGACAAGAGCAUUUGAUUUUGACUGGAUCUUCUGCUUUGCGAAGCUCUUAUAGUGAUGUUAGGCUUUGCUCGCAUUGCCUGUGUCCACUUUUUGAGGCCAGCUUCCCUGUUCCAUCAUGUAGAUUUGGCUUUGGCAGUGUCUCUAUUUUUUUUUAUCUCUAGCAGAGGACUUUAAAAUCAUCAAUUACAGAUUGGUCAUCAUCGGUGGAGGUUCUGUUGGACAAAUUUCUAUCCAGUUUCUGAUUCUUCUCCAUGGACCAACUGUAUGAAGGCGAUCACCAGUUGCUGGCUCACAGACGCGACUGAAGCGAUCACCAGUUUGGUUUCAAGUCAAUGCCAUCAGCGGUCGUGUUCACAUUAUGUCUAGCUAGUGCCAGCUGUUAGAUCAGCAUGUAAUGUAUGUACAGUGUUUUCUUCUCUAGUAGCGUAGCCUCUCUGCAAGGGCUGUUUGGUAGCCUGUGUCUGCUUAAUUUUGCUACAAGUAAUUGCUUGACAGGUUGAACUUUCCCCGUUA